AAAGUGCCUCUGUUAUCUUCUCCUCGGUUUCUGCGAAUAGUCCCGUGAACCAGAACUUUCCGCAUGAAAGAUGGCCGGGAAUUCGAUCUUGCUGGCUGCUCUCUCUGUCCUCUCUGCCUGUCAGCAAAGUUAUUUCGCUUUGCAGGUAGGAAAGGCGCGAUCAAAAUACAAAGUUACACCCCCGGCAGUCUCUGGGUCACCAGAAUUUGAGAGGAUAUUUCGUGCACAACAAAACUGUGUGGAGUUUUACCCAAUAUUUAUGAUUACAUUGUGGAUGGCUGGAUGGUAUUUCAACCAAGUACACCAGACAAGUCUGGUGUACAUAUAUGUCCGUCACCAGUAUUUCUGGGGAUACUCAGAAGCUGCUAAAAAAAAGGUAAGGAACACCCAAGAAUUGAUCACUGGUUUCCGGUUGAGUCUGGGGCUUUUGGCCUUGUUGACUGUUCUAGGCACCCCGGGGAUUGCAAGCAGCUUUCUGGAUGAAUACCUGGACUUCAGUGUUGCCAAGAAACUGAGGCACUUCUAACGUUCCCCCCUCCCUUUGCUCAAAUGCUUGCAGAAGAUGUUUCCACUCUAAAGGUUAGAUGGUGCCACUUGUUCAAUUAAAAGAAGUAAGUCUCCUUUUUUUGAAAUGGCUUUGGAGAAACAUCCCCUUUAGAUUUUCCUGUUAGUUUAACAACUGAAGUUUGCUCUGAGGCGGGGGAUCCGUAGCAUCAGUGGAAGUGUGUUGAGCCCUGGUUUUAGAAGCACAUGCCAAAGUCAUGACUGCUGGUGUAGGGAGAAAGCAGCCUGACCUGUCUGUGUCUAGGGCUUUCCGUGGACCACUGCCAUCACUCACCUCUAAGACUGCUUCUCGAUGGAAAGUUCCAGAUAGAUGCUGAUAAGGCAGCUGAGCCCACUUCAUUAGUUGCAGGAAUGCAACAGUUGGUGAGGGAAGUCAGGCAAACACAUCAAGUAGCCAGAGAAGAGAGUCAUCAACUAACAGCACAAAGCACAUCUGGCUGUGAAAAUGGACUUUGUAACAAACAAAGGAAAAAGAAAAAAAAAAAGGUGUGUCAUUUUCAAGAAACCAUCCAGAGAAGAGUGCUCGGGGAAUAUCUUGCCCCUGGGCAGGGGAAGGAGGGUCAUGGUCAUGGCUGGAGAGCCUAGGCUGGGUUCCACUGCACUUCCCAUGCCACGUGGGGCUGGGGGCCUGCUGCUGUUGGACCCUGACGUGCAGUCACUGUCUGGCAAAAGGCAAAUGACCCUUCUUCACUUUCUUCAUCUGUAAAAUGGGAAUGAGUCUUCAGGGGCCUUAGGAGAAUGGAAUUAUGAGCAUAUAUAACUUUUUAGCAUCAGGAAAAGAGCUCUCUGUAAUUUUUCUAAAGAAAGUGUGACAGCCUUGAAUCUGGUGUAGGCAUCUCCAAGAAACUUUUUAUUGGGCCUUUUUUGGUGUGUGGGUACAAAGGCAGUUACAGAGGCUAUGAAUAAUAGAGAAAAAUAAAGGCAUUAAAACACUAGCGUUUCCAAAAUAGUAGGGGAGAAGACACGACAACCUCUUGCAUCCCAAAUACCUGGGCUAAAUACCCCAGAGUACACUGAGAACGACCAGUCUGGGAAUGGGGUAUCUGGACAUCAGCCCAGUUCCCCCACUAACUGGCUCUUUGACUCCGGAUAAGGCAGCUCACCGCAGAGGUCCUGCAGCAAAAGAAGUGAAGACUCCAGGGCCAGUCACACUAAUCCUGUUCUACCACUCGCUGGCUAUGCUACCACAGCCGUGUAGCUCUCUGCCUCAGUUUUUUUCUCAGGUAAAAUGGGGCUAAUAUUUUAAAAUGCUAUGAUUCUAUGGUCUUUUUACUUUUUAGUAUUUCAGUCAGUUAUAGUGACU